GGAACUGCACCCUACCCCGUCCCCGCUUAUUCAUGUGUCACGCAGCUGCGCACCUCCUCCCGGGCUCCGUUGUCUCAUUUGCGCCAUUUUGUCCGCUCACUUUGUUGAUUGGGCUUUAGCGAGCUGUACUGGAGCCAAUCAGAGGGAAACCGGACAGCGGAGAUACGAGAGGACCGUGAUAAUAACAAGCUAUGGAGCAGUACACCACUGCCACCACUACGACGGGGGAGCAGAUAGUAGUGCAGACUACCAAUGGACAGAUCCAACAGCAGACGCAGGGCACAGUGACGGCUGUGCAGCUGCAGACAGAGGCGCCAGUGGUGACGGCCUCAGGCCAGCAGGUUCAGACACUCCAGGUAGUCCAGGGACAGCCUCUGAUGGUCCAGGUGAGCGGUGGGCAGCUCAUCACAUCAUCGGGGCAACCCAUAAUGGUGCAGGCCAUGUCAGGGGGUCAGGGUCAAACCAUAAUGCAGGUGCCUGUAUCUGGAGCCCAGGGACUACAGCAGAUCCAGCUGGUGCAGCCAGGUCAGAUCCAGCUGCAGGGCGGUCAGACUCUCCAGCUCCAGGGUCAGCAGGGUCAGCCCCAGCAGAUCAUCAUCCAGCAGCCGCAGACGGCCAUCACAGCUGGACAGAAUCAGGGGCAGCAGAUCAGCGUGCAGGGCCAGCAGGUGGCACAGACGGCUGACGGCCAGACCAUCGUCUACCAGCCUGUCAAUGCAGAUGGCACUGUCCUGCAGCAGGGAAUGAUCACAAUUCCAGCUGCCAGCUUGGCAGGUGCCCAGAUUGUACAGGCAGGGGGUGCCAACACCAACACUACCAACAGCGGCCAAGGCACUGUGACCGUCACCCUGCCCGUCUCUGGUAACAUGGUCAAUGCAGGUGGAAUGGUCAUGGUAAGACCCUGUGCAGAGAUGGUGCCUGGAGGUGGUGCAGUUCCAGCCAUGCAGCGUAUCCCCCUGCCAGGGGCCGAGAUGCUUGAGGAGGAACCUCUGUACGUCAAUGCAAAACAAUAUCAUCGCAUCCUGAAGCGAAGACAGGCCCGGGCCAAGCUGGAGGCUGAGGGCAAGAUCCCCAAAGAAAGGAGGAAAUAUCUACACGAGUCUCGCCACCGUCAUGCUAUGCAGCGUAAGCGAGGAGAUGGAGGACGUUUCUUUUCACCCAAGGACAAGGAGGAAAUGGCCUUGGCCCUGGCACAGCAACAGCAGGAGGCAGCUCAGGCAGCAGCAGAUGAGACGGUGGCUCAGAUGAUCCGAGUUUCGUAGCACCGUUGCCAGCAAUCAUCACUUCUGCCUGUGAACUUUACCCUGCCUGAGACUCUUCAUCCUAAUUAAACCAUCUGCAGCACCUUCUCCUCUCACUCCCUCCUGCCCCACCAUCACACACCCCAGACCACAGCACUGCCACUGGGUUUCUUCUGUUAUCUCUCCACUCCUUCAAGGGUCUUCCAGGGAGCUGGCCAUGUCGACUGCUCCUGUCUUCUUUUAAAAUGGAGGAUGCUUCCACGUUCAUCUUAACUGGUCAAGCACUUAGGACCAGUGUUCUAUUUUUUGUAAGGAUUUGGACAAUAAUGAGACAUGAAGUUAUGGAUUGCCAGGGCUAGUUCAACAGAGGAAAUGACUGUAGUGAGGUCAUUCUCGGUCUCACCCUGGGCUGUUAAAAAGAUGAGAAUUUGUCGCUCGUGGUUCCUUGUUGCUUUGAAUAUUUUUUGUAAAUGGUACAGAUUUUUUUUCAGAGACACUCAAGCGUUGAUGCUACACUUGUGUCCUUUAUCUUUUAUGUGAUGGCCCGUAUUUUGACAUUUGGUUUAUUUCAACCCCUAUACUGUGGGGGGAUGGACUCAGCAUAAUACAUUCAAUCUGUGUCCACUGAGCAAAAACUGUGUGUGAUACAAAUGUGAAGAUAUUGUACAGAAAUUCUUUUCAUCCCCAGUGUUAUUCGGACAUGCUUACUAAUUUACCCAAUUCUGUGGAUGCAUUUUAUACAAUUUUGUGGUUAGAAAUAGUGUUUGUAUGAAAAAAUGACUUGGUGUUGCAACAUAUUUCAUAUUCUAUCCAUGUAGUUACUUCUUCAUUGGUGAGUCCACCUUAAGUGUUUUGGUUGUUUUUCAGUGUAGAUAGAUUUUUUUACCCAUCAGAUGCAAUUCUGAAAUGAUAUUAUUAUUUUGCUAAUAAAAAAAAGGUUGGACAUCAUAUUCAUCAAAUCUAUGUCUAUUAAAUUUUAUUAUGUGACUCGA